AUGGGCUGCUGUGCUUCCUCCUUUCUAUCAGAAACCCACCCAGAAAAGGACCAUCUUAACAAGCCCCAAGUCCUCCACCCUCCUCCUCCGUCGGCUGUCAUCGAUUCUCCCGCCGCCGGUGUCGGCAGCGGGGGAGGAGGAGGAGUCCCUUCUUUCUCGGAAUUCUCCUUCUCCGACCUAAAAGCUGCCACCAACAACUUCAGCUCCGACAACAUAGUCUCCGAGAGCGGGGAGAAGGCGCCCAAUCUUGUCUACAAAGGCCGCCUCUCCAACCGGCGGUGGAUCGCCGUGAAGAAGUUUACCAAGAUGGCUUGGCCCGAUCCUAAGCAGUUUGCGGAGGAAGCUUGGGGAGUUGGGAAGUUGAGGCAUAAGAGGCUGGCGAAUUUGAUAGGGUAUUGCUGUGAUGGGGAUGAAAGGCUGCUUGUUGCUGAGUAUAUGCCGAAUGAUACGCUUGCCAAACACUUGUUCCAUUGGGAAAAUCAAACCAUAGAAUGGGCCAUGCGCUUAAGGGUUGCCCUCUACAUAGCUGAAGCACUAGACUAUUGCAGCACCGAGGGUCGUCCUUUGUACCAUGAUAUGAAUGCAUAUAGGGUACUCUUCGAUGAGGAUGGAGAUCCACGUCUUUCAUGUUUUGGCUUGAUGAAAAAUAGUAGGGAUGGGAAGAGCUAUAGUACAAAUCUGGCAUACACCCCUCCUGAAUAUCUAAAGAAUGGAAGGGUUACUCCAGAAAGUGUUACUUACAGUUACGGCACUGUCCUCCUUGAUUUACUCAGUGGAAAGCACAUUCCUCCAAGUCAUGCUCUUGACAUGAUAAGAGGAAGAAACAUAAUUCUCUUGAUGGAUUCUCAUUUGGAAGGGAACUUCUCUACAGAAGAAGCUACCACUGUUGUUGGUCUUGCCUCCCAGUGCUUGCAGUAUGAACCUAGGGAAAGGCCUAGCACAAAGGAACUUGUUGCUACACUUUCUCCUCUACAACCAAAGCCUGAUGCUCCAUCAGACGUGAUGCUUGGAAUACCCAAACACGAGGAGGCACCUCCGACACCACAGCGUCCUCGCUCGCCGAUGGGAGAAGCCUGUUCACGAAUGGACCUCACAGCCAUUCACCAAAUAUUGGUAAUGACACACUACAAAGAUGACGAGGGAACAAACGAGCUAUCUUUCCAAGAGUGGACACAACAAAUGAGGGAUAUGCUGGAGUCUAGAAAGAGAGGUGACUUUGCAUUCCGGGACAAAGAUUUCAAAACCGCCAUCGAUUGUUACUCCCAGUUCAUAGACGUAGGAACUAUUGUUUCGCCCACUGUUUUCGCAAGACGUAGUCUUUGCUAUCUGCUGUGCGAUCAACCGGACGCUGCCCUUCGAGAUGGAAUGCAAGCGCAAUGCGUUUAUCCAGAUUGGCCAACUGCAUUCUACAUUCAGUCCGUUGCUCUGGCCAAGUUGAACAUGCACACCGAUGCAGCCGACAUGCUGAAUGAAGCUGCAUCGCUAGAAGAAAAGAAGCAGAGGGUAGGAGGGAAGGGUUCAUGA